GGGCUGGGGCUGGGGAUAAAUGCUCUUCCCGGAGCUGACGGAGCUUGGGGAGCUGUGGUGGUGCUGUCCGCUAGCCACUGGACCAUCCUGUUUCGCGUAGGAGGGACGGUAAAUCAGGAAUUCGGUUCCCAAAAUGUGGCGGUUCUUGGCCACUCUGUGCAGCCUGGUUGUACUGACCAGUGCUUGGAGCAGAUUGUCCUUUCCUCCUCUUUCAGAUGAAAUGGUCAACUAUGUCAACAAGCUCAAUACUACAUGGCAGGCUGGACACAACUUCCGUAAUGUGGACAUGAGCUACGUAAAGAAACUCUGUGGUACUUUAAUGGGUGGAGCCAAACUACUACCUCAGAGAGUGUCUUUGGCUGAUGGCAUGAAACUACCAGAAAACUUUGAUGCCAGGGAACAGUGGCCAAAUUGCCCAACCAUCAAGGAAAUUAGAGACCAGGGUUCCUGCGGCUCUUGCUGGGCAUUUGGAGCUGUGGAAGCUAUUUCUGACAGGAUCUGCGUGCACACUGAUGGAAAUGCUAAUGUAGAAGUGUCUGCUGAAGACCUGCUUAGCUGCUGUGGAUUGGAAUGUGGGGAAGGCUGUAACGGCGGAUUUCCUUCUGGAGCUUGGAGGUAUUGGACCAAGGAAGGCCUUGUAUCUGGUGGCCUUUAUGAUUCCCAUAUAGGCUGCCGACCUUACUCCAUCCCUCCAUGUGAGCACCAUGUGAAUGGUUCCCGCCCUGCCUGUACUGGAGAGACAGGAAACACCCCCAAAUGCAGGAAGAAGUGUGAAGCAGGCUAUUCUACUGGCUACAAAGAUGACAAACAUUAUGGAUCAACCUCUUACAGCGUACCUUCAAGUGAGCAGGAGAUCAUGGCUGAGAUCUACAAGAAUGGCCCCGUGGAGGGAGCUUUUCUUGUGUACUCUGACUUCCUCCAGUACAAGUCUGGAAUAUACCAGCAUGUUACUGGGGAAAUGCUUGGAGGCCAUGCUAUUCGUAUCCUAGGCUGGGGUGUGGAGAAUGAUACCCCUUACUGGUUGGCUGCUAACUCCUGGAACACAGACUGGGGUAAUAAUGGCUUCUUUAAAAUCCUCCGUGGAAAGAAUCACUGUGGAAUAGAAUCUGAAAUUGUGGCUGGAAUUCCCCAAACAGAUCGAUAUCGGAAGAACUAACCUGUUGUCAUUUGCCCAACUUCAAUUUUUUAAAAAAAAAAAAGAAAAAGAAAAAAUAACUUGGGAAUGGGAGAAAUGAAUACUUUUAAAAGACUUUGGAGCUGAAGAGAAAUGCUCUGUAAUUCACAUGUUUAAACAGGAAGGUUAAGGGGAGACUUCAGACAAAUCACUGGGCUUUGAGAAUUUGGUUGAGCUGAAUUCUUGUGGUCAGCCUGCUCCAUCAAGAAUAACAUAAGUACAUACCUCUUGGUCUGACUCCACCUAAUAAUGCAUGCCAUUUCAGUUUUAAGUAAUUCUGUGAAUAGCACAUAGCACUGCUGGCAAACAGGCUUUGUUGCUACACUUGAGACCCCUGAUGCUUUCUUUAAAAAGGUCUCUUUCCAUGACUGUUUCCCAAUUCCCUGUUGUCAUGACUCCUGCAACUCUUCCCACCCCCACCCUCCACCCCCAUCCUUUAGAAACCUGAAAUAGCCAGGAACCAACAAUGACUCAAGGGAAUGAAGGGUGUGAUAUUUUUUUAAGGUUUUAUCCCACAGGAAAGGUGAACAAGGAUUUUUUUUUCUUAAUGCCUUGAGUAGGAAGGAGGUAGAGAUGCUCAGAAAUCAACAUGACUCCCAAAUGACUUUAUUGGGGGGGGGGGGGGGGGAGCAGUGUUGUGGGGUAGGCCACAAGGCUUCUGAAUCCUAAUCUGCCCCAAUCCUCACUGCUAACAACUCCAUAUUAUGCUUACUUAGGCCACUUAGUGCCAGUCAGCCCAGAGCUAUCCAGUUUUGCAGUAUUGCACACACCCUUAGGUCUUUUCUUGUGGCAAGAUACAAAUAAAUCUCUAUUUUUGUUAGUGUACCUUGGCUAAUCACACAAAGAAGAGUUGCCAGGAUCAAUUAUACUAUUGACUCUGGUUUUAAAAGAAAAGCUGAGUGGGUGAUUACUACCCCAAGAGCAAUACUCCCUCUGCAGAUGUCCUUGGGGAGGUGGAGAAUGAGCAGGAUUGCUGAUAUCCAUGGCAGAAACAAGCUCUUACUCUUCUUUAUCCUGUCAAGCAAUUUAACCUCAAUGUUGGUUUUAGUGACUGAAUGGAACCCAGAACCCUUGUGCCAAUAAAAGAUUUCUCCUACUUCA